GUAUUAAAUUUAAUGGUUUAUCACUAAUAUAAAAAUAUAGUAAUAAUUUAAAGGUAAAAUGAAAAGAGUUUGAGAUGAACAGUUCACAUGUGGAAGCUUAUAAAUGAAGGCAGUUGUAGAGCAAAUUAAGGCAAAGGAAACAUAUAUAUAGCCAUGGAAGUAGAAAACACACUACACAUGAAUGUUGGCGAUGGAGAAUCAAGCUACGCGAGUAACUCAUUUCUUCAGGAAACUGCCAUACGGAAAAGUCUGCAGGUUUUACAGCAUACAAUCAAAGGAAUGGUUAAUAUUGAAGCGGCCUUCAGCAAAGUUUUCGUACUAGCAGAUUUAGGAUGUGGCACCGGCAAAAAUACACUAUUGCUGGCAUCUAUGGUUAUUGAUUUAGUCCUUAAGCUCUGUAAAGAAAAUAAUCAUAAAGCACCACAAUUUCAAGUCUUCUUAAAUGAUCUUUUUGGAAAUGAUUUCAAUACCAUUUUCCAAUUGCUACCCAAGUUUACUGCAAACCUUAAGAAGGAGAAGGGAGAAAAUUUUUGGUCUUGUUUUGUUUCAGCUAAUCCCGGUUCCUUUUAUGGUAGACUCUUUCCAGAUGAAAGCUUACACUUUGUUCACUCCUCUUAUGCUCUUCAUUGGCUUUCACAGGUACCUAAAGGCAUUGAAAACAAUAAAGAAAAUAUAUACAUGGCAAAAUCAAGUCCACUGAAUGUGUUGGAAGCAUAUCAAAGUCAAUUUCAAUCCGACUUUAUAAAGUUUCUACAAAUGCGGUCCAACGAAGUUGUGCACGGUGGGUGCAUGGUUUUAACAUUUCGUGGUCGUAGCAGUGUUGAUCUAACCACUGAUGAUGGUGGUCGUAUUUUUGAGCUAAUAGCACAAUCAUUACUCAAUAUGGUCGAAGAGGGACUGGUUCAAGAAUCAUAUUUGCACUCAUUCAAUGUCCCAAAUUAUGCUCCAUGCAAGGAUGAACUCAUGUAUAUUAUUCACAAUGAGGGAUCGUUUUCACUUGAUACCUUGAUUGCUUUUCAAGUAAACUGGGAUCCAUAUGAUACGGACUACACAAAUGUGAAAGAUUUAGAUGAGCAGAGCCACAUCCAUGGGAAAAACUGUGCAAAUGUUCUCAGAGCUGUUUAUGAACCGUUGUUGACAUCUCAUUUUGGAAAUUUAAUAAAUAUUGAUGUGCUAUUUCAGAAGUUCCAAAAUCUGGUGGCUGAAGAUCUAGCAAACAAAAAAACCAGACACUUUAAUAUAGUCGUUUCAUUGACUAGAAAAUGAAAUAUGCGUGUGUUCAAAUCAGUGAAUCUCUAUAUAAAAUGGUAUGUUUAUUUUGCUAGCCUAAUAACUUUAUUGGGCCCUUUCUUAGUUUGGGCCAAUGUUAAUGUUUAUCCCUUUAAUCGGUUUAGCAAUGUUAAUGUUAGCCCUUUGUUUA